UGAUAGAUUUAAAGAUGAGGUCACUAUGAUGAAUAAUGAACUAGGCACAGUUGCAACUUAUAGAAUGGAGAUGGAACUUUGGGCUUACCUUUAUACUCUACAAAAGACCAUAGAUCUAAUGGACUCAAACACAAAGAUGAGUAUGGAAGACAAUAAUGAAACCAGCUGA